UCGCUUGGACUGUCCUCACUUCGCCUCAAACCGUGACGACGUUCAGUUGUUCUCUCGACGCUCAGAUAUCAGAAGACAAAAACCCUCGACCAAACAUGUCUGGACGUGGAAAAGGAGGAAAGACUAAGACGAAGGCAAAGACAAGGAGCAGCAGGGCUGGGCUUCAGUUCCCAGUGGGAAGAAUUCAUCGUCUCCUGAGGAAGGGCAAUUAUGCUGAACGUGUUGGUGCCGGUGCACCUGUCUAUCUCGCUGCUGUGAUGGAGUAUUUGGCUGCUGAGGUACUCGAGUUGGCUGGGAAUGCUGCCAGGGACAACAAGAAGACGAGGAUCAUCCCACGUCACCUUCAGCUCGCUAUUCGUAACGACGAAGAGUUGAAUAAACUGCUGUCCGGAGUGACAAUCGCUCAAGGUGGAGUCCUCCCCAAUAUUCAGGCUGUCCUCCUCCCCAAGAAGACUGGCACCACUGGCUCUGGAAAGGGCGACAAGGCUUCCCAAGAAUAUUAACUACCUGAUUAUUAAUUAUUUAAACUGACUCUCUUUUGAUAUUAUGAUAAAAAAACAUUCCUCGUAUAAUACCAUACUUUUUUUUAUCUACUUUUGAUCUGUUCAUUAUUAAAAUUCAACGUUAAUACUUGACAUU